CGCUGCCGCCCGCCCCGCGCUCCCAUGGCACUGAAGCGGAUACAGAAAGAACUAAGUGAUCUGCAGCGAGACCCACCUGCCCACUGUUCUGCUGGACCUGUUGGAGAUGACUGUAAGCUCUUCUCUAGUACUUUGUCACAGUUGACCUUUUUUUUGGUUAACAAAGAGCUCAGAAAAAUCUCUAAUUGCUGUACCUUUUUGACUUUCAGUGUUCCAUUGGCAAGCAACAAUUAUGGGACCUAUUUGUGCAGGUCACAAAGAUGUUGUGUGUUUUAAAACUCCCUGAUGUCACCAUGGUCAACUGAAUUAUGUUGGAAAAUCCUACUCUUUGCAUCUGCAAAGAGAAACCACUUCUUAAGCCUGACAGUGCAUAUCAAGGGGGCGUGUUUUUUCUCACAGUACACUUUCCAACAGACUAUCCUUUCAAACCACCAAAGAUUGCUUUUACAACGAAAAUAUACCACCCAAACAUAAACAGUAACGGGAGUAUUUGUCUUGACAUCCUGAGAUCUCAGUGGUCGCCAGCUCUGACUGUAUCUAAAGUUUUAUUGUCCAUAUGCUCCUUACUUUGUGAUCCUAAUCCAGACGAUCCGUUAGUACCGGAUAUUGCACAGAUCUACAAGUCAGACAAGGAAAAAUACAACAGAUAUGCAAGAGAAUGGACUCAGAAAUAUGCAAUGUAGACAUCAGAAGACUUUUUCCUAUACCACAGUGUACUGUAAAUUCUAGGGGUUUUCUCAAAAUUAGAAGGAAGUGGAACACCGAUUUCAGUGUAUCAUGAUGCCCCUUGAAUUUUUUUUCUACCCAUGUAAGUGUGUUUCUGGAGCAAGGGAGAACAAACUUCCAAAAAUAAACUUAGACUGUGAUACGAAUAUUUAUCCUCUUUGUAUGCUUUGCAGAAGACAUUUAUUAUGGUUUUUAAGAGUUGGACAUCUAUAUCUCCAGACUACGAGAUCCAUAAUGCAGUUGUAAAGCAACCAAAUUAUUUUUGCUGGAAAAAGUAGCUGGUUUUAUGUGACGAAUACUGUAUGUGUGUCCUUUAAAGUAUGUUGUCUGUUUCAUAAGUGUGUUCAAAUUUCAUUUUGUUAGUUCACUUAUAUAAUUUGUUGGGUUUUUUUACUUGUAUAGACUAAAUAUUUUAUUUACCACGUAAGUCAGUUCAUUUUAGACUUACUUGCUUGUGCACAGUAUUGACAAGAUACAACUGCUAGUAAUAAAAAAUAAUUGGAGUAUCCCGCCCGAUAGGAUAUUCUGAAGACUGACUGCAGAUAUCUGAAAACCUAAAAUGAUCUUUGCACUGUAAUUCUUUGUAUGUUGAUUAUGGAGAAACACUUGGUUUUGAUUCUGUUGCAUACUUGACUUUAAUUUUAUUGCAAUGUGAACUAAUUGCACUGCUAUGUAGAAAGAUACAUAACCCUUUUGUUGCUGUUCACAAAUGAGUUCUGACAUGUGGGCAACGUAACACUAUCACAGACCUUUUACAAAUCUAAAUGUAGCCUUUUCCAUAUAAAUAAAAUGCGUUUUCUACUACUUGUCUUGGCUUUUUGUUUUUUUAAACCAUGCAUAUCCUUAAAGUGCUUGUUCUAACACUAGAGAAUCAAAAUACUACAUGUGCAUGUGUCUUGUAGACAAAAGAGAGAACCGAGCUGUGCAGAGUGUACUACUUGGAACUGUGUUGCAAUUAAUUUUUAUGCCAGCUUCAGCCUAAUUGAUUUAGCAUGCUGCGCCCAUGGUUUUAUAUAGAAUUUCAACUAGUUUAACGACGUGUUACAUCUCUGUUAAUUUCUGGAGGAAACACCACAGGUGUUUGAAGGUCAGGCACUUCAGCUGAGGUGAUGUAUUUGUAAUAUCAGAAUUGUUGCAUUUGCCACUAACUUUUCCAUGACCUGGUGCUUCAGUUGCUUCAGACUGUGCAUGUGGAAAAACCAGGAGUGCUGGAGAGGGGCAGCCUUUUCUUAAAAGGUAGAAGAAUUUCCAUUUCCUACUGUCUACUCUUACGGAAUAUCUGAAAAUAAAAGUGUGAUUCAUGUUUUUCUCUGUACCUUGCCCAUGAAAGAAAAAUGACUUGGGAAAUUUGUUGUCAUAGAAUACACUUCUAAGGCUGAAAAUA